AUACAUUUUACACGUCGUUGUUUUUUUUAUCUUUCAGUUCCCGCUUGCAAUGUUUCAAUACCUGGCAAAAGUGUAAUCUCCCAGAGGAUACCCCCUAAUUUAAAGGAGAAUCAGAAGAAGACCGUUACAUUAUUUCCACCGCUGUCAGAACCUAUUCCGAAUUUGCCGAAAGUUGUUUAUUCGACUACGAAAGAGGAGCAUCAAACGACGCUGAUCACAGUCUUACCAAAUGGCUUGAAAGUCGCGUCUGAAAAUAGCUUACGUAGAGGUUUAUUUUGUAUUCACGCCUCAUACACACCGUCCCAUGUGAAGGAAAUGGUAGAAGUAAUUGUGCACGAGAUGGUCGCCAUGACGAGCGGAUUUUCGGAUAACGAAUUAGCGAGAGAAAAGAAGAAAUUGCUGUCGAUGCUGCUUAUGAAUCUGGAACAACGACCCGUUGUAUUCGAAGACAUUUGUAGACAGGUUCUGGCGACUGGCACCAGAAAACGGCCUGAAUACUUCAUGCAAGCUAUUAAUGGAAUAUCUAAAGAUGACAUCAACCGAGUAGCGCAACGUUUAUUAAAAUCACCACCUUGCUUAACAGCACGUGGCGAAGUAAAGACUGUACCUUCCAUGGCGGGCAUUCAAAACGGCUUGCUUGAUGCGCAAGGUUGAGAGUGUUCGAUAUUGGAUCCCCGAUGUUAACCAAAGACUAAUAAUCUUAUAAGGCUUCUGAUGUUUCAGGACAUCUUUGGUUUAUAACGUCAUAAGCGACAAAACGUCAAGAUCCGACACCUCGAUAAAAUGUAGUUGUGUACAAUAUGUUGCAACAUGCUAAUAAUCGAAGUAAAGGCUUCAUUGGAAAUGGACAAAUAUAAGAAAAACAGACUAAUUAAGAGUCAGGCGCGGUAAAUGUUAUUUUUAAAUUUUUACACAUUUUCAACCUUAGUAAACUGCGCUCCGACUAAAUUGUCAGACUUACAACAUCUCCGGUUGGAGUAGUAAGGAGGAAAAAAAUUUUACUACUCCAACUGGAGCUGUGUUGCAAGUCUAAUAAUUUAGUCGGCGCGCAAUUUACUAAGGUAGGAAAUAUGUAAAAAGUUAGAAUUAACAUUUGCAAAGCAUUUAUCGCGCUUGGCUCUUAAUUACGCCGUUUAUUUUAUAUUCGAAAAUCUAAUAUAUUUGUCAGCAAUCUUUUUGUGCUUGGUCGUCAUAUAAUUCGUCGUCUAUAUUACUUUCCGUUGAAGAUUCGCUACUUGCAUGUUGGUCAUUUCCUUGAACAGCUACCAGGUAUUGGGAAAUUUGCAAUAUAUUUCUGGUUGCUAACGGCUGUUAGCCAAUGAAGCCUUUACUUCGAUUAUUAGCAUGUUGCAACAUAUUGUACACAUAAUGAUCCUUGUGAAUCUUUUCGGAAUGCCCCAUAAAUGUGGCAAGAUCCGAUACUUCCAUAUUAUUAAGAUUUAAUUGUAUACAGUAUGUUGCAACAUGCUUUGGCAACAAUGUACCACGUAAAGUAUUAGACUGAAUUGCAUUACAUUCGCUUGAGAAUUUACGCAUUAAAAUGCAAGCUCUGAGAUAUUUGUACCUUUGUUUGUUAUAUCCAGGCAAUCCGAAAACGUAAGGAUUUUUUUCGGGUACGUUAGAUUUCUUUCGAUAUUUUAGAAUCAAAUUAAUGCAUUCAAAUACGUCCUAAUUUACCUCUUAUACAGAAUCUGAUAUACUGUUAGCAAUCUGUUUGUGUUCUUUUGAUAAUGACUUGUAAAGAUCGCUGUACAUGUUUUUAUUAACUCUUUUAUAAUUUUAAAAUUCUUCGAUAAGAAUGCAUUCAGUUUCUUCUGCCCGUCAUCUGUUAAACAAUUGUAUAGAAAUCAGUGUUACUUUUGCCAAAGAAAGCUAAGCAUAAUACGAAUAAGAUUGUUGUGUAUUAAAAGUUUUAACCCACUUUUCUUCUAGAUAGCGUACGUAAUUAUAAUAUGAAUGAUAAUUACGUAAAUGCUUGUUCUCAUGUGUGUUCUAUAUAGU